AGGGUUCAAGAGACCUAUUUGAAUCAAGAAAAAAAAAAAAGGUGGGGUUCACAGCGGCUUCUUCCUUCCUCUGUUCAAUGUCUGCAACAUCUUUUUAUCGGAUCUUCCCCCAGAACUCCUUUACCAAAUUUUCGACCAGAACUUGGACUUCAAUGAUCUCGUCAUGUGGUUUAGUGUGUACCCUUUGGCAAUCUCUUAUCAAAUUGGUUUAUCAUCGCCACAAGUCCACUGCUCCUGGGUUAUGGUUGCUUCCACCCAAGAUUGAUCGGAAAAGACAAUACUGCCGGAUCGUUAACACCUUGUGAGGCAAAACCCACCAAAUUUUCCUACCGGAAAUUCAGGGGAGAUGGUUCACCCCAGCCUGCCACGGCUGGCUCCUUACGACUCCAAAAGACAAUAACCAACCGCAUUCAAUUUAUCUUCUCAAUCCUUUCACCAGAAUCAGAGUCAAGCUGCCAUGGGAUAAACAAUUCAGGACUCC